AUGACUUUGAACAAGACUGAAGAGACUUAGUCUUUUGUUACAUAAUAGCCAAAUCAAAACAGCUAAUAUGGAGACGAGAUUCCCAAGAUUCAUAGGAAAAAAGUAUCUUUUAUCUUUGCCUUGACAUUUUGCAACUAUGGAGUGUUACAUGGAACUCGAGCUGCUUGGAGUAAUGCUACACCCUAAAUAGAGUCUCAAUACGAUUAUUCAUCUAAGCUCAUCUCUUACAUGAACUCUACUUUUCUCUUCUUUUAUGCCACUGCUGGAAUAUUCUCUGGCAAUGUGGCAGACAGAUUUAAGAAAAACCAAUUCAUUUUCGUUACUUACGUGGUAAUAGGAUUAAAUAUUAUUCUAGUUGGUAGCCAGCAAUUCUUCGUUCAUCAGUAGAUGUGGCUAUAUUUCUUAUUGAGAAUAAUAGAUGGGACAUUCUAAUCUAUUGGCUGGUCUACUAACUUAUCAGUGCUAAGUAAUUGGUUUCCAAAGCACGGUAGAGGUUUACUUAUAGGGUGCUGGGCUUCGAAUGCUAAUGUUGGAGAUAUCGUUGGAGCUUAGAUAUAUAGAUCUGCUAUCAAAGAUGAUAAUUCUAACUGGGGGACAGGAAUCAUGAUUAAUGGAACUAUAGUUGUGAUUUUUGCAUUUCUUAAUCUAUUUUUCUUGAUAGAAUUCCCUGAGAAAAAGGGGAUCAAAAUAGAAGAAAAUUCUCAUUUGUUUUAAAAAGUAGAAGAAAUAAAAGCAGAAGAAGCCACUACUAGUAGUAAUGACAAGCAAAGCAUUGGCUUUUUGAAAGCAUUAAUGAUACCAGGAGUAUUGAUAUUUUCUAUAAGCUUUUUCCUUAUAAAGUUUUCAAUGUAUGGCUUCUAUUAUUGGCUUCCUAAUUAUAUCUAAAAUGGCUUAGGUUACAGCAAAGACACCUCAGCUAAUAUAUUCAGUUUAUUUAGUACUGGAAGUAUCGUAGGUAAUAUCUUACUAGGUCUCACUACAGAUUUUCUUCCAUACAGAUCUCCUGUAUUUCUUAUUGGAACUACUCUAGCCUCCCUGAUGACUUUAGCUCUCACUAUUUGGAAUAGCAAUGAUGUAGUUAUCAUCUCAGUUUUGAUGUUUUUCCUUGGAUUUUCACUAAAUGGGUCUACUAUAGUUAUUGCUGCUAUUGAAUGUGAUUUAGGAAAACAAUAAGCACUGAAGGACAAUGAAAAAGCUAUGGCUACUCUAUCAGGUAUUAUUGACGGAAUCGCUGGCUUUGGAAGUAUUUUAGGAUUACCGAUAAUAUAAAUAAAACAAAAUUUAAGACAAAGACAAGCUAAAAUCAAAUGA